GAGAAUAUUUUUUGCCAUUAUUUCCAACACGUUUAAAGAAUGUUAUCAAAAUAGAUAACGAUGCCGUAUUAUCAUUCGACUAGCAGCUCGUGAAGUCGUGCUGGCGAUAACAACUGCAUUAUAAUAAUAAGUUUUGGUUAGAAAUGCGCGUUCCUUGACGGCACGGCUCGCCGUUUUUGGAGUCGUGUGUUUCGUUUAUUUCUGUAAAGGGCGCGCAAAUAUUAUGUAUGUUAUAUAACGAAUGUUGUUAUUUUAACGCGAGUGAAUUAAUUUGUGUAAGAUGAGGGUGGUGGCAUUGGUGAGCGGUGGGAAGGACAGCUGUUACAACAUGAUGCAGUGUGUAGGCGCCGGGCAUACGCUCGUAGCCCUGGCGAACCUCCAGCCGCAACACAAAGAUGAGCUGGAUAGCUACAUGUACCAAACGGUGGGCCAUCAGGGUAUCGACCUCUAUGCGGAAGCCAUGGGCCUGCCGCUGUACAGGGAGGUGAUAUCUGGCACUGCGGUGAACCAAGGCAAGAUCUACAGGCCCACGGAUGAUGAUGAGGUGGAGGAUAUGUACAGGCUGCUUGCUAGGAUCAAGGGUGAGAUGGAUAUAGAAGCAGUUGCAGUUGGGGCCAUAUUGUCUGAUUACCAAAGAAUUAGAGUAGAAAAUGUGUGCCGAAGGUUAGGUCUAGUCUCACUCGCCUAUUUAUGGCGAAGGAACCAAAAGGAACUUUUACAGGAAAUGAUAACUAGCAAUGUUGAAGCUAUUAUAAUCAAGGUGGCCUGCCUAGGGCUGGAUCCGAACAUACACCUAGGCAUGUCAAUCCGCGACAUCCAGCCGCACCUGCUGCUGAUGCAGGAGAAGUACGGUCUGAACGUGUGCGGCGAGGGCGGGGAGUAUGAGACGUUCACACUUGACUGUCCGCUUUUUAAGAAGCGGCUUGUUAUUGAUGAAAAAGAACUAAUAGUCUGUUCUGACGACUCCGUCGCCCCGGCCGGCUACCUCAACCUCAAAGUGCACCUUGAACCUAAAACCCAAGAAACAGCCAUCGAACUACCUCCCACUGUGAAAAACGCCUUAGACUACGUAAAUGACCUUAGUGACACCGUGUUCAGCGACCUAAGCGACAUCGAGCUGAGCGAGACGGAGUUAGAAUCUAUAGAGAAGUUAGAAAAGGAGGAAAAGAAAAAGCAUAAAGAACUGAACCCAUUGCUCAACACUCAAGAUAGCGUAGAUACCGACCAGAAUGAUAGUGUAGAAAGUAUAGGUUAUAACUACGACAUGCACGAGCAUAGAGAGAUCCACCCAGUCUUGGACCAUAGCUCUAUAUAUGGAAACAGCCACGGGUGGUACUAUAUUGGAGGGAUAGUCGGAGAAGGAGUGGACACGGCGCUGGCAACGAAGGAUGCUAUGAAAAAACUCAUUAACCUCCUAACCUCGCAAGACAUGCGUCUCGAAGACGUAUGCUCCGUCAACAUAUAUAUGAGAGAUAUGGGCGACUACGCGGCCCUGAACGAAGUAUAUGUGGACGCCUUCAACUUCGUGAACCCGCCGACCAGGGUGUGUGUACAGUGCCCGCUCCCUGAUGAUGUGGGGCUCAUAUUGGACGCUGUAGCGCAUAAGUCGAGCAGCCAGAACUAUGACCCUGACGGGAACUCGAAGGAACGAGUCACGAUGCACGUGCAGGGAAUCUCUCACUGGGCGCCGGCCAAUAUCGGACCUUACAGUCAAGCAGUUAAAGUGGGCGAAGUAAUCGGCACAUGCGGUCAAAUAGCUCUCGUGCCCGGCUCCAUGCAGCUGCUGGACGGCGGGGCGCGCCGCCAGUGCGCGCUGGCGCUGCGCCACCUGACGCGCGUGGUGCGCGCCGUGUGUCCGCGCGCGCACAUCCGCAGCGUGGCGCAGAGUGUUUGCUACAUGACGCACGGCGGCAUCGCGAGCGAGGCGCGGCGGCAGCUGGAGCGGCGCACGGCCGGCGCCAUCGUGCAGUACGCCGUCGUGGGCGCGCUGCCGCGGGGCGCCGCCGUCGAGUGGCACGCCUGGGCGCACACCGACAACAACCGCUUCGAGUAUGAAGAAACUGGUUGCAACGUGGGCGACUACAAAGUGGCGAUCACCAGGCGGUGGAACUACGAGAACACCGUCGCGGCGUUCGUGUGCUACGUCGCAACAGGUUCUUCCCCCUCCACAUGCCAGCUAUCGUUCCCCAGCGAGGAAGCAUGCGUGUCGCACAGAGCGCGCGCAGCCCAGAUGACGGCGGCCGAGAUAGAAGCUGUUCUAGAGUACGCACUCGGCAAGUUACUGCACGGGCGGCCUGAGCCCACCGCCGUGAAGAUGAGGAUAUUCUACCAGGUGUGGAGCGCGCCGCCGCCGGCGCGCAUCCUGCAGGCGGCGCGCGGCGUGGGCGCGCGGGCCGCCGCCACCGCCGUGCCCGUGCUCGCGCUGCACAACGCCUUCACCUUCCUCUCCAUCAGCGGCCUGCGCUUCGACGAGUGAUCCUCGGAGUGCAGUUUUCUUCUCCAGAGAGAAUGCAGAUAUGCUUUAUUGCCAGUUUAUGAAAUAUAUUUGCUGAAUAUUUUCAGUGUUUAUAUGAAUUUUGUUAAUUAUGCUACCGAGUUUACGAUAACAUAAGUCAAAUUAUAUAAAUUAUUUUUAUUGCA